AUGGCAUACUGUGGCCAGAGCCAAAAAGUGCAGGAGGUGAUGGUGCAGCCCAUCAACCUCAUCCUCAGAUACUUGCAAAACAGGUCUUACUGUAUUCAGGUGUGGCUUUAUGAGCAAGUGAAUAUGCAGAUAGAGGGCUGUAUCACUGGUUUUGAUGAAUACAUAAACCUUUUACUAGAUGAUGCAGAAGAGACUCAUUCUAAAACAAAGUCAAAAAAACAACUAGGUCAGAUCAUAUUGAAAAGAGAUAAUAUUACUCUCCUCCAAAGUGUCUCCAACUAG